AUGACAGAUACAGAUGAAAGAUCAAAAAAAACUAUCGAAGCCGAGCCACUUAUCAUACCGGACUUAUUCGAAGGUUAUCCAUUAAAUUAUUUCAAUUUACCAUUGCAUUAUCGUAAUGAUUUAAAAUCUGUUUUGAUUCCUUAUGGAGUUGUUCAAGAUCGCAUUGAAGCAUUAGCUAGACGAAUUUUCGAUGAUUUACAUAUCGGCAUGCCUGAGCAACUUAUUUGCAUGUGUGUACUCAAAGGUGGUUAUCGAUUUUUUUCGGAUUUAAUUUUAAAAAUUCAAAAGGAAAAUCGUCUUCGGAGCGACCGUAGUUUACCGAUGAGUUUAGAAUUUAUUCGUACACGUAGUUACGUUAAUGAUCAAUCAUCGGAUAGACUGGAAAUAAUUGGUCUAAGUGAUUUGAAAACAUUGAAAGAUAAAAAUUUACUUAUUGUUGAAGAUAUUAUUGAUAGAGGCGUUACAAUGGCUACGUUAAAAAAAGAAUUUGAGAAAUUCGAACCCAAAACUAUACGUGUGGCUUCAUUAAUUACAAAAAGGCGGAAAGAUAAAAUUUGUGUUUUUAAACCAGAUUAUUGUGGUUUUGAAAUACCUGAUCAUUUUAUUGUCGGAUAUGCACUUGAUUAUAACGAAUAUUUUCGUGAUCUCGAACAUAUAUGUAUCUUAAAAGAAUCUGGUAUCACAAAAUAUAAAGUUCUACUUUCAUGA